CCCGGACUCCUUCAGCGCGCUGCUUGCCUGCCCAGGGCCCUCCCGGAGAGCAGGUGACAGCGGUCCCGGGGCACGGAGCUCGCGCUGACGAAAGGUUCUGGAAGCCACCGUAAAAAAUAAUGAAGAAACGGGUGACAGGACUUUUCGAUCACAGACGUGUGGCUCUGAGCCCUGCCCCAGGGAGUUUCUCCAUCAGAGAAGAGGAGCACUUCGAGCUUUGAGAAGAGCAGCCCUCGGCAAGUGAAGUGGAAAAGAAGGAAGCAGGCGAGGAGGCCCAUCCAGACCCUCCCCCAAGACACUUGCUGAAACGGCUGGGAUGCGGCAUGCAAAAGCUCUCCUUUCCUUCACAGCCCCUGGCUUUCCAAGAGUCCCUGACCACCCAGAUGCCCGCUGGCGGAUGCAGCCUCAUCUCAAGAACACUGCUUGCUGGAUAAAUCCCUCACCACCCUAGAGACAGCCCACAGUCCUGAGACAAGGAUGUGGGCUAGGCUUGAUGCAGAAGAGACGGAAGAUGCAAAUGAAGAAGCCCCAUUGAGGGACCGCUCCCACAUCGAGAAGACCCUCAUGCUGAAUGAGGACAAGCCAUCCGAUGACUACUCUGCGGUGCUGCAGCGGCUUCGGAAGAUCUACCACUCAUCCAUCAAGCCUCUGGAGCAGUCCUACAAGUACAAUGAGCUCCGGCAGCAUGAGAUCACAGAUGGAGAGAUUACCUCCAAGCCCAUGGUGCUGUUCCUGGGGCCGUGGAGUGUUGGUAAAUCUACCAUGAUAAACUACCUCCUUGGGCUGGAAAAUACUCGCUAUCAGCUCUAUACAGGUGCUGAACCCACCACCUCUGAGUUCACGGUCCUCAUGCACGGGCCUAAGCUGAAAACCAUCGAAGGCAUCGUCAUGGCUGCUGACAGCGCCCGCUCCUUCUCACCCCUUGAGAAGUUUGGCCAGAAUUUCCUAGAGAAGUUGAUUGGCAUUGAGGUUCCCCACAAACUUCUGGAGAGGGUCACUUUUGUGGAUACACCAGGCAUCAUCGAGAACCGCAAGCAGCAAGAAAGAGGCUACCCCUUCAAUGACGUGUGCCAGUGGUUCAUCGACAGAGCUGACCUCAUCUUUGUCGUCUUUGACCCAACAAAGCUGGAUGUGGGUCUAGAGCUGGAGAUGCUCUUCCGCCAGUUGAAGGGGCGUGAAUCCCAGAUAAGGAUCAUCCUGAACAAGGCUGACAAUCUGGCCACCCAAAUGCUCAUGCGGGUUUACGGGGCCCUCUUCUGGAGCUUGGCCCCUCUCAUCAAUGUCACAGAGCCCCCAAGGGUUUACGUCAGCUCCUUCUGGCCACAAGAGUAUAAGCCGGACACCCAUCAGGAACUGUUCCUCCAGGAAGAGAUCUCCCUCCUCGAAGACCUGAAUCAGGUGAUCGAGAACAGACUGGAGAACAAGAUUGCCUUCAUCCGCCAGCACGCCAUCCGGGUCCGCAUCCACGCCCUCCUGGUUGACCGCUACCUGCAGACUUACAAGGACAAAAUGACCUUCUUCAGUGACGGAGAACUGGUCUUUAAGGACAUUGUGGAAGACCCCGAUAAAUUCUACAUCUUCAAGACCAUCCUGGCAAAGACCAAUGUCAGCAAAUUUGACCUUCCCAACCGCGAGGCCUAUAAGGACUUCUUUGGCAUCAAUCCCAUUUCCAGUUUCAAACUGCUCUCCCAGCAGUGCUCCUACAUGGGAGGUUGCUUUCUGGAGAAGAUUGAGCGGGCCAUCACUCAGGAGCUUCCAGGCCUCCUGGGUAGCCUCGGGCUCGGGAAGAAUCCAGGUGCUCUCAACUGUGACAAAACAGGGUGUAGCGAAACCCCAAAAAAUCGCUACAGGAAGCACUAGGUGGUGUAGCGGUUCUUGGGUUCCUGUUGGUGAAUGAGCUUGUGUCCUAACCGUCUGAGAAGUCCUGGUUUAUUAACCCUUUGAGCCACACUGGCAGGAAUUAUUACACAGUGGAGAGUUGGGAGUUCAUUGAGGCCAGGGGUUGGGGCAGGUGCCUGGGUCUAGGGAGGAGAGUGGAAACUGUGAAUUCCUGUGUGCUUGUCUUGUUGUUUCAAUGAGGAGGCCUGACUGAGGCAAGUCAGCCUCCACCUGCUUUUCCUAGGUCCCGUCUUGGAAGGACAGAGAGCAGCUAAAUUCUAGUGUAUCUUAAAUCAAUGAGGGUCAAAUAAGCUAAAAGCAGCUGAAAUUCCUUUGUUCCCUGUGAUAUGGGAAAACAGCGAAGGCCUGAGUUGUAGAGAAUGUCAGGUCCAUUUUGGCUGUUUUUGACCCCCAUGGUCUGGCGUUUGUUCCCCAGCCCUCUGCUGCCUCUUAACUUUGGGUUGACUUUCAACAGUGAACAGUCUCUUGGGUCUGAAUAUACCUGGGUUUGUUUUUGUUUUUUUGAGACGGAGUCUCGCUCUGUCUGCCAGGCUGGAGUGCAGUGGUGCAGUCUCAGCUCACUGCAACCUCCCCCUCCUGGGUUCAAGCGAUUCUCCUGCCUCAGCCUCCUGAGUAGCUAAGAUUAUAGGCCUACCACCAUGCCCAGCUAAUGUUUGUAUUUUUAGUAGAAACGGGACUUCACCAUGUUGCUCAGGCUGGCCUCGAACUCCUGACCUCAAGUGAUCCACCUGCCUCGGCCUCCCAAAGUGCUGGGAUUACAGGCAUGAGCUGCUGCACCCGGCCUCCACCUGGGUUUUGAGCCAAUCCUCAGGACUUGCUCCUGGUUUCCUCAAGGGGUAGGGCAGUGGUUUAGGACACUAGACAACUAAGAACAGGAGUUCCCAGGAAGAACAAGGAUCUGCCUGCCCCACUGCCACUUCUCUUAUGUGUUCCUCAAAGCUGGCUCGGGGGCUCGAUCCCUUUAUCGGACCCAAGAGGAGGGGACUGGUUGGUGUAUCCAGGUAAUUUACUCUUGGAAGUGACUGCAGUGAAGGUCGUGGAAGGGCUCAGAGGGUUAAUUGGUUUGCAGUGUGUCUUUGUCUAUUGCAUGUCUUGGAAAACUCAGAUCCCAAAGGCGCUGGGUUUCAGAGAGGACAGUGGAGACCUUGCUCCUUUUCCUUAGGCCGCCAAUCUCUCAAAUUUCAGAGGAGGCUGUUUCCACAACUCCCCUGUGGAAACACUCGGCAGCGGAGUUGCUGCUUCGCAGUUUCCACACCAUGGCUUUUCCUUUCCUUUCUUCUCCAUUCCCUGAUGCAUCAACACUUAAAACUCGGAGCAGUUUCCUAGGAGUCAGAACCAGCACCAGCCACGUGGUGUCGGCGGCCACCGAGGCUUAACAUUGACCUUCCUGCCUGACCUUGAUGCAGAUGUCCACUGAACACACCGCAGGAAAGCCAGGGCCUUCAAUACCACUAAGUGUGAAUAUGUGUGUAUGUUGUCCAAGAGAGAUUAGGGAGAUCACAUAGACUGCAGGGAGUGGAGAACUUGUAGCAGUCUUGCAAGGCUAGCAUGCACGGCUCCGCAGCAGGUGGUGGGGAGCAGAGGGGCAGGCCCUGCAGGGAAGAAGCAGCCCUUGGAUGGUAAAAUGCGCAUGGUGCACAGUCUGUGCAUGCCCAGGAGACCCAGCCCGGGCUGCCUUGAGGGGCUCCUUUGUGCACAGCCAGCCGCUUCUCUUGGGAACAAGCUGUCCUGGGGGCCUUACCCACAAGGCAGGAGUCAGGAUGCACCAGCUUAGCACCAGGAAGUCAUCCUGGACCAGAAGGACAGUGGAAAGGCAGGCAGAGGGAGAGGCACUCUGAGGUCAGGCAGGGUAAGCCAGUUGGCAGUCAGGUUAGGUCUAUGCGGAGAACCUCGAGUUAGGAAUUCCCGGUUCUCAGAAUCGUUAUCACUCCGGUGCAUGCUGUCAUAGGUGCCGCUGCGUUUGGCAUUGUGGAGGGCCUGGACCCUUCCACAAGAACACCCGAGGUUCCAGGGCACUAAGGACAAUGUUUCUAAGGAACGAGUCGACCAGGAAAGAAAAGUGAGUUCUGCAAGAGGCAUCCACGGAUCCUGUGAGAGGGGCUGAUGAGAUGGAAUCUGUCCUGGACUUUUCUUCUCAUUAACCACCCUCCGCAAACCCCAGAAACCCUCGCCUCAUACUCUGUACCAUCUGCCCUCUUGAGGGAUGGGCCCUCCCACUUUCCCCGGCCUGCUCCUCCAUGCUGUGAGCUGCUUUGGCAGAUCUGUUUUUCUGUGUAGUCAGGGGAAAAACAAAAACAAAAAAACACGCACAACUGUGUGGGCAUUGUCAUAGCUGUUGAUGUCACCACUGCUUUGGGGGAAAUGGCUGGGAUGAGGCUAAUACAUUGAUGCAAUAUUUAUAUUUUCAGGGGCCUGCGUUAUCAGUGUGCUCUCCCUGCCUUGGGCUUUUCUUUCCGUCAUGUUUUCCUUUUCGUAUUCCUUCUCUGACUUCUCUUGUCUCUGCUGCUCACAGGCCUGCCCAUCAGUCAGCACAGAUACUCAGUGUCUGGUUUCUGGCCAGCUCCGUGGAGGGGGCUUUAAGCAGAAUUCUGACUCUUUGGGGUGGGGGAUUAGGAACUGGGGGAAACUUAAGGAUCCAGAGAUUCCCCCAAGAGGAGUGUCUGGAAGGAUCUGUGCCUGGACAGUGGCUGAACCUUUCCAGUGUUUUUUCAGUUCUGAUUUCAUCAGUCUCAAUAAAGUUCCAAUCUCUCUUUAA